AUGUAUUACCAACAUCAACAGCAAAUCCCUCAACAACAACCGUCAUUAGCGACAAAUGCUUAUCCAAUGCAAUAUCCGCCACAACAACCACCUUCACAUCCACAGCCAUUUCCAAGUGUUCCUCAAGUACCACCACAACCGCCUAGACAAAACUUUGAUCCAAACACAGUACAGCAACAACCUGGUGUUAUGCCAAAUCACAUUGGAAACUACCAACAGCAAAUGUUGCAACAACAGUAUGCACCGCAACAAAUGACGCCGUCUUCCAUUGCUGGAUUUGUACCACCUACAGCUACCACUGGAGCAGGUUUUCCUUCUGCUCCUCUAACAGGAUUUCCUCCUGCUCCUCCAGGAGCUUUUCCUCCUGCAGCUGGAUUUCCUUCUGCUCCUGCAGCAAGUUUUCCUCCUGCUCCUGCAUCAGGCUUUCCUCCAGCUCCUGUAGGAGGCUUUCCACCAGCUCCUGCAGCAAGUUUUCCUCCUGCUCCUGCAUCAGGCUUUCCUCCAGCUCCUGUAGGAGGCUUUCCACCAGCUCCUGCAGGAGGCUUUCCUCCUUCUCAUGCAUCAGGCUUUCCUCCAGGCCCUCCGCAACCUCAGAAGCAACGCUUAGAUCCAGAAAUGGUCCCAAGUAUUAUUCAAGUUAUAGAAGAUGAUCGAAGUUCACGAUCUGGCCUUUUUCCGACUGGAUUUCCGCAAGCUGAACUGCCUCCAUUAACUACAACUGAAUUUGUUGCUCAGGAUCAGGGACCUGUUCGUUGUCAACGCUGUAAAGCUUAUAUGUGUCCAUUUAUGGAGUUUAUUGACGGAGGACGAAAAUUUCGAUGUCCUUUUUGUAAGGCUAACUCCGCAGUUCAAGACGCAUAUUUUGCACAUUUGGAUCAUUCUGGCCGUCGAACUGAUAUUCAACACCGACCUGAACUCUUUCUUGGUUCUUACGAAUUUAUGGCGACAAAACAAUAUUGCAAGAAUGGGAUUCCACCGAAACAACCUGCUUUUAUUUUUAUGCUUGAUGUUUCUUAUAAUUCUGUGCGAAGUGGUUUAGUUGAGCUUUUCUGUAAAAAUAUUGUUGAAAUUCUGCGCGAUUUGCCGAAAGAUAAUUUAUCUAAUAAAUCUACUAUGCUUAUUGGUUUGGCUACUUAUGAUCAAUCGGUGCAUUUCUAUAAUUUAAAUCAUCCGGAGCAUGCUGAGAUGCUUGUUGUUAAUGAUGUUUCAGACAUUUUUGUGCCUUUUGUUAAAGGUUUCUUUGUAGAGCCUCAAGCAGCUGAAAAAGCGUUGACUAGUUGUCUUCGUGAGAUUAUCAACAAUUUCUAUAAUACUCGUAUUACCGAAGUUGGCCUUGGUCCUGUUAUUCAAGCUGGAUUAGAUGCACUCAAAAAUUCUGAAAGAUCAGGCAAGCUUUUUAUUUUUCACUCGUCAUUACCAACUCUUGCUGCACCUGGCCAGCUUAAAAAUAGAGAAGAACGCAAACUUCUCGGGACAGACAAAGAAAAGACUGUUCUUACGCCUGCUGUAGAUUUUUAUGGAAAACUUGGAGAAGAUUGUGUAAAAUAUGGUUGUGCAGUCGAUGUUUAUCUGUUUCCCAAUGCUUUUAUUGAUGUUGCAAGUAUUUCACCUGUAGUUGCAACAACUGGUGGUUCAAUCUACAAAUACCAAUAUUUUGAUGCUGAUCAAGAUGGGGUUCGCUUUUUAAGCGAUCUGCGACAUGGAAUAAGUCGCGAAAUUGCUUUUGAUGUGAUGUUACGGUUGCGAACUUCUACGGGGAUUCGUCCUACUGGUUUCUUUGGUAAUUUUUAUAUGCAAAAUACUACGGAUGUUGAGUUGAGUGCAAUUGAUAGUGAUAAAUCUGUUCAAAUAGAAAUUAAAUACGAUGAUAAAUUGGAUGAGCGUGAACCUGCUUAUUUUCAAUUGGCUGUUCUCUUCACCAGUUGUAGUGGACAGCGACGACUACGGAUUCAUAAUUUGUAUCGUCAUUUAGAUGAAGAUUGUUUGGUUAGCCAUUUGUUUAAACAAGCCGAGCAAACUGUACGCGACAAAUGUCCAAAGGAGAUGCGUGAUGAAUUGACUUUGCGUGCUGCACAGAUCCUAGCUGCAUACCGUGAAAAAUGCAGCGAGCCCGCACCUAUGGGGCAACUUAUCUUGCCUGAAUUUGCAAAACUUCUUCCACUCCAUAUCAAUUGCAUUGUAAGGCAUGAUUCAUUAAAUGGAGGUGCGGAAUUAACAGUCGAUGAUCGCGCCUGGAUGAUGAGCUUAGUUCCCUCUAUGACUCCUCUAGCAAUCCAACAGUUCCUAUAUCCACGUAUCUACAUAAUCACUUCCCUCUGUUCUUCUGUUGGAAACAGCAGUGGCAGUACUGAAUCACUUAAAAACGAUAGUGGAUGUGUGACGAAAAUGCAAGGUUCUCCAGACUUCCCGGCGCCAAUUCGUGCAUCAUUUGACUAUUUCUCCCCAGAUGAGGCCUAUUUAAUUGAUAAUGGUUUGGUUGCUUUUAUAUGGGUUGGUUCUGGUGUGCCAAGUAGCUGGCUGAAAGACGUAUUCAACGUUUCCUCGAUUGCACAAUUGGACACAGAAAAGUUGCCUUUCUAUGACAAUGACUGUUCACAAGCGUUGCGUCACCUUUGGACACACUUAAAUGAAAACAGGGAGAGGGCACUGAAGUUAUUCAUCGUGAAGGAACAAGAUGCAUUAGAAUCGUGGAUGAAGAAAUUUUUGGUUGAGGAUCGAUAUGCGAAUAAUGCCCACUCUUAUGUAGACUUCCUUUGCCUAAUACACCGCGAGAUACGUUCCCUCAUCUCUUGA